GUUGACUCACUUCCUGCUCUGACAGCUUCCUCUUCCUGCUACGCGGCUCGAUCGACCGCUGAUAACCGAUCGAUCGGUCACAUGGACGAGCUGUGACGGACCGACGGACGGACGGGCUCGAGUCCUGCAGCGUCAGGGUGCAAAGUGAAAGCAGAACCGAGCCUGUGAUCAGGAGCACGAGCCGUUUACACGGAUGUGAGCGCUCAUGGCAACAGCGAGCACGAAGCUGGGAGGAUCGAAGGAGUCCAGUUUGCAGUCUGAGGAGUCUGUGAGGUCAGAGGAGUCCAGGAUGAGGUCGGCGGGCCCUGCGGGCUCCUGGGAGGCGGAGCUGACCUCCAUCCAGCACUCCCUGAAGUUUGUGUUGGCGCUGAAGGAGGAGUUUGUUUGUCCCGUCUGCAGAGGAGUCGUGCUCAACCCUCAACAGAACUCCUGUGGACACAUCUACUGCCUCCACUGUCUCCAAGGACUGCUUGAGUGUUCAGCACCAUCAGGUCCAGUUUGUCCUGUGGACGGAGCCGUGAUCACACCAGCUGAGGUUUUCCAGGACAACUGCUGCAAACGAGAAAUCUCCAAUUUAGAAGUGUACUGCUCCAACUACCCAGCAUGCACCUCUGUCGUCACAUUACACCACCUGCAGGAGCACCUGAGGUCGUGUCAGUACGAACAGCUGCAGUGCUGCAAUCCAGGCUGCAGCGCGACGCUACAGAGGAAACACCUGCAGGAACACCUAACCUACACCUGUCCUCACCGCAUGGAGCCCUGCCCACACUGCCAGCAGCCGCAGCGACUUGGCCUCAUGCAGGAUCACGUGCAGAGCUCCUGUCCGGAGGUGGAGGUGGACUGUCCCAACAGCUGCUCCCAGAAGGUCCCCAGACACAAGCUGUCGGAGCACAGACAGUCGUGUCCUGAGGUUUACAUCAGCUGUUCUUAUAAGAGGUUCGGCUGCUCCGUGCAGGGUAAGAGAGGAAAAGUCAAGCUGCAUGAAGACGGUUCCGUCAAUCAUCACAUGCUGCUGGUCCUGAGGAGCAACGCUCACCUGGAACAACAGGUGGAGGUUCUCCAGGAGGAGGCGCUGCUGAGGCAGCAGGAGGUGCAGACAGACGGUUUACUGCUCGCUGGUCUGCAGAAGGAUAUAAGACCACUGCUGCAACAGAACAGCAGCCAGGAACACACGGUCUCUACAGCUCAGCGGACUCUCAGCAGGCAGGAGGACGUCCUGUCCACCAUCCAGCUGGAAGUCCAGCAGGUGUCUCUGGGACUGGGUCCUGGUCUGGAGGAGCUGGAGCAGCUCAGGAAGUCUCUGGAUGCUGUGAUGCAGGAGGUGUCGGCUACUGAGGCCCUAAAAGAACACCUGGGAACUUUGGAGGAGAGUCUGAAGCACCACAUGGGUCUCCUGGAUCUCCACGCCGCUCAGCUCGGUCGGAACAAGCAGCACCUGCAGGAGCUCGAGGCCACAUCCUAUGAUGGCAAACUCAUUUGGAAGAUCGAGGACUUCAGAAACAAGAAGGAGGCCGAGGCCAGCGGUCAGUCGCCUUGCCUGAGCAGCGUGCCGUUCCACACCGGGCGCUGUGGCUACAAAAUGGCUGCAAAGGUCUAUCUGAAUGGGGACGGGGAAGGAAGAGGGACUCACCUGUCCCUUUAUGUUGUCCUGAUGCCAGGAGACUUUGAUGCUCUGUUGUCAUGGCCUUUCAGACAGACUGUAUCUCUGUCUGUUCUGGAUCAGAGCGGUGCCGGUAAUCACCGCACUCUCAGCUUUAGACCCGACCCGACAUCCAAAAGCUUCCAACGACCUGCGGCCGAGUCUGUCAGCAAUGUGGCUGUUGGAUUUUCAUGCUUCAUUCCUCUCAACAAGCUGGAAGCUCCCCAGAACGCUGUGUAUGUCAACGAUGACACGCUGUUUGUCAAAGUGAAGGUGGACAGAACUGGUUUAGAGCAGCUGUAAGAUUUUGUCUUUUAAAACACGUGGAUUAGAUUUUUAUUUACUUUGGCGGUCAUUUCAUGAAGGACUCUGGUAGACAACCACACAGACUGACAACUUCUCACUGUGACUGAAUUGAUAUUCUCUGAAAAACUAAAUCUACAUGUUAUAACUGUGGAGGAAUAGUUUGACAUUUUGUGAAAUACAUUUAUUUUCUUUCCGUCUGAGAGCCGGAUCCUCAGUUUGAUACUUCUCUUGCGGAUUUAACCAAAAUGUUGAACUUUACCUUUAAAUACUAUGAUCAUCUCAGGGAUCGACUGACAGAUGUUUGACUCAGAAACUGUCUCAUAAUUAUUUAAUGCCCAUUAUCUUGGGAUCAUGACUUAAUUAUCUGUUCAUCUGAGAAAAACUGCUGGUGCUCAGAUCAAGUAAUUUAAAUGCACACUAUGUAAUUUGUGCCUCUCGUGGUCUGUCACUUAAAACAAUGAAGAAAAAGUUAAAGUAGCAAAGGAUCAUGGGAGUUGUUGUCUUCAGAUGAAAACUAUCUGAUGUGACUCAGACACGAAUGUUGAUGAAUUCAGUCAGAGGUUGACCUGAAUUCAAACCCUCGCUGCGUACUGUUAUUGGCUAACGUUAGCUUAUGGCUGUUUUGGGAUGAAGAAACACAAAUGACCCCACAGUCAAACUCACAAUGCAGGUGGUGAACACAUCAUUCAGCAUAAAACAUUUAGAUGAAAAUCUGCCUCAGGCGCAAAUGUUAACAGACGAGGUGUUUUAAAGUUUUCUUCUUGUUACGUUUCGUCUGGUUCUCUGUGGGGGGGGGUUAGGGUUAGAUGGACGGACGCUCGCUCUUCCCCCUCACCCGCCACAAAGCAGCUAACAUUGAAAAUUAGUAUAGUGGCGCUGAGCUAGCAGUAUAGCGGUGCAGCGCCGCCUACCACCGUCUUUGGGAGAACCCUGAUCAACAUGUGGAGCAAAGGUAGAGCCGUUAUAGACAUUUAGGGGACAGUAAAAAAUGAUGGACACGUUCAACAUGCUUGAAUUUCUUGAUUUCAUUAUUCAGUUGUUUCUGCAGAUAUUUUGUAAGUUUUG